GUGGAAGUGCUCACUCACUCACUCAUCUUCGGUACCUACUCCGUCUGCUACACACACUCUUAGGUCGCUGAUGUGGGCUUGUCUUGCCUGACCUUACCUUGCCUUGCCUUGCCCCCAUUACCUACUCUUCCUGCUGCUACCAUUACCACCUUACCUUACACCUGAGGUACUGUACCGGGCUGGCUGGCUGCACCUAAUACUGUUGCUUCCCCCUCCACCAUCCAUUCCCAUUCUUUUUUUCCCCCUUCCCUCCUUCAACUGUCCUGCCUUCCCGCACCCAAAAAGUGAACACGAUCGCGUCUAUUAUUAGAAUCAUCCACGCCAGAUUCAGCCCCAUCGACCUGCACCUCACAUCGCCUGUCCAUCCCAGAACCUGUCGCAUCUGCACUUGUAAUGGGAUCAAUGUACGUUCUUGAUGCGUCGUCUUGUCAACUCUCUCCCCUGCUCUGACAGCCUUUUGCUCCCACCGCCUGUCAUAUACCGUUGCUCCCGGGAUGCGCUGCCUUGUCCCAUGCAACCACUGACUGACGCAUCGCCAGUUCGGAACCACUGCCCACGACCAAGCCCGUUUAGAUAAAAGCGAUCAGCCCUCCCCGGCCUAGCUCUUGUUUCCACCUCACUUUCCCGACCAGCCAAGCUAGUCGCUGCGAUCAGAUAUAUCCAGCUCGCGUCCCUCCUCCUCCUCCUCCUCCGAGCUCCAACCAGUCUCUCGCUUCCUCGAGACGCUCAUCCUCAUCCUCAACCUCACCAACGACCAGUCGACCCUACAUCGCGACUGCAACGGCUGAGACCUCGCCGACGACGCCGCCGCCGCGAUAUCGCUGAUCGGCCUUGAAGUCGCUCGCCUCGACAUCGUCUUCGCCCCCGUACAACGCGUUUCGCUGCCUCAUACCCGUCAGCAGCCCCUCCCAGAGCAUCUAAUUCAAGAUGGGACGCAGAAAGAUUGAGAUCAAGGCCAUCAAGGAUGACAGAAACCGCUCUGUUACCUUUCUCAAGAGAAAAGGCGGUUUGUUCAAGAAGGCGCAUGAGCUUUCCGUGCUGUGCUCCGUCGACGUCGCUGUCUUUAUAUUCGGCAGCAACAAGAAGUUGUAUGAGUAUUCUUCCACGGAUAUGCGGGAGAUGAUCACUAGAUACACAUACCAUGGCGGCCCGAAUGAACACAAGGGCCCUUCAGACUUCAACGGAGGCAACGACGAGGACGAAGAUGAGGAUCCUGAAGGUACCCCGCCGCAGGAGUCUCACAUGAUUCCGCCUCAGUUCCAAGGACAAGCGCCAUUCCCUCAUAUGCGACACCACACUCCCUCAGCUUCACCUCCGAUUCCUAAUGGCGUGCCUUUCCCGCAACAUCAUGGCCUUCCCGUCCAACGCGGCCACACCCCGCAGCCGGGCAUGGGAUCACGGCCUGGUUCUCGACAAGACAUCCGCCGGAUGGGACCAAACAUGGGCCCUCAACCCGUCGGCCCUCCCGGAUCUCAGCAGCCUCCCGUCAACGGAUUUGCCUACAUGCCCAACCCCGCCAUCUACAACCCCCAGAACCAGCCCAAUAUGCCACCAAACAUGCCUCACGGACUCCCCCAGCAGUACCAGCAACAUGGCCCUCAAUACUCCUCAUACGCGCCCAACCAUCAUCCCCCACACAUGCAACAGCAUAUGGAGGACCAGCGCCGUUCCAUGCCGCCAAACUAUCCGCAACAGCAGGGUCCGCAAGGGCCUGGGCCUCAAGUUUCUCGGAUCUCGCCGUCUCCGCCACAGCCUCCUACUCAGCAAUUGCCGCCGCAACCACCUCAGAUCUCACCCCCGCCGCCACAGCCACAGCAACUUGAGCCUCAGCAGCAGCAGCAGCAGCAGCAGCAGCAGCAACCGCACCCGUCGCCUCAACCCCAGCAACAGCAACAGCCGCAGCCACCUCAGUCUCAACAGCAACAGCAACAGCAACAGCCGCAACAACAUCAGCCUUCGCCGCCGCAGUCUGAGGAGAUGCCAGCGCCGUCAGAGCCACGAUCUGAGCUGCCCCAAAGACCCCAGCCGCCCCUGCUCAACACGGAUAGCGCGAUCAAGAAGCUUCCGCAGCGUAAGCAGCACAGCAUCUUCACUCCCAUUGACGAGAACCGCUCCAUCCUGUCUCAGCACUUGGCUUCAUUCGCCUCUGAGCAGAGCAUAAAGGCAGAGCCUAAUCGGCCCCCAUUCCCUGACCAGAGCAACAUCAAGGUUGAAGGUAACCGCUCUCAGUCAGUUGAUGUUGGCGCAGUAUCCCGGACCAAUGGUUCCACUACUUCUCCGCCCAUGCCUCCGCGCGCCAGCACUCAAUCUCUAAACAAAAGCCGCAACAUCUCCGUAUCGUCCAUUCCAGAGACAACGUUUACUCCGCCAUCUCGCACCAAUAGCAUGAAGCUUGGUGGUGGUGCGCGUCCCCGUUUGAGGGUGGAGAUUCCCGACGAACCUUCGGAUGGCGGUAGCGCAACUGCCGAGUCAAACUCUCCUCGCAACUCGACAGAUACCACAUCCCAGACGACUCGGCGCCAUGCAUCCGACUCGCACUCUUCCGGCAUGGUUCUGCCGCCGCCAUCCCCGUCAGCCCAAACGCUUCUCUCAGCUGGCGCCACGGGCCCACCAAACCCGUUUGCUCGCCCACCCCCGCAACAAAACAGCAAUAUGAACAUUGACACUCCGGUUUCCGCCCUUCCGUCCCGAUUCUUAAAUAACGAAUUUCUGCCCAGUCCGAGCAGCUUUUAUCCGGAAUGGUAUGCUCGUGGCGGCAGCGAUAGCAACACACUACCCAGUCCAUUGAACUUUGCGACUCCAGUCGUUGGUUCCGGUCCUAGCUUCUUGCGAGAUGACAAUCCGGCUACGAAGCGCAAGAGUCCCGAGAUCAGCGCCAAUGGUCCGCAUGACGGUCCUGAGGCCGGAAACGAACCCAAGAGGAUUCGGGUAGAUUCUUGAUUUCAAGUUUCUCUUCUUCAUUCGACGCCUUUUUCGACGCCUUAUCUGUACCAUUCAUCUGCAUUCUGGCCUCCUUCAGACCAUGUAUGGAGUGCAUUUGGUUCUAUGAUACCUCUUUCUUUUCACUUUACGGCAUUAGCGUCACGUAAGAUGUUUAGUUUACCUUCUCUUCUAUAUCUCUGUGUACGCGGAGGAUUAUGCUGCAUUGCUAGGCGCAACAUUGGCCACGGACAGGGUUUCUGAUUUUUUUCUGUUUAUUUUUCGUUCUUCAUCCGGACUGGAAAGUAUUACUACUCUUCAUGUUCGAGACGGCUUUGGAGGGAAUGAUGUGCACACGGACAUGUGAGAUGACUGGAAGCAUGGAAAACUGGCCUGCAGCAGAAGAUGGAUGAUCUCGGGGCGUUUGGUGUGAUUUCUGUAGAUUACUGAAGGGC